UUCGUGACCGUAGCUCUUGUUGGAAGUUUUCUAAUUCUAUUCUGAGCAAUUUAUAUAUGCAUGUGUACAUGUAUAGAUAAUUGUGUGCGCCUAUGUACGUGCAGUAUUGUGUUUAAUUCCUAGUUUUCUUUCUUAGUUUAUUAUCAUUUAUGUGUGCACAUGUGGUGCUGCUGUUGCUGUUGCCACACAAAAGCAUUAACUUUGUGAACGAACGGCUGGCCACGAUUUAUCAAUCAAAGAUUUCUGCGUGCCUGUAUAGAGCGGUAAUAUAAAAAAAAAAAAAAUAAAAUAAAAAAAAAAAAAAAAAAAAAAAAAAAGAACCAACAACAACAUUAAAGUUUAUAAUAAUAAAAUGGGAUGCGCUACAAUAACGAUUAAAUACCUAUUAUAUGUCUUCAACACACUAUGGGCGAUCAUUGGAAUUCUAUUAAUAAUUCUUGGCGGUUUCGGAUGGGAUGCGAUGCCCCGCAACUAUGCUAUUGGUGUCAUAUCGUUGGGCGGCGUUAUACUAUUAAUUGCAUUUUUCGGCUGCAUGGGAGCAGCACGUGAAUCUGCUCGCUCCUUAUGGACGCAUGCGAUUACCAUGUUAGUAAUGAUAGUUCUUGUAGUUGUCAUGAUUUGUUUCAAUACACGUGACGUCUUUAAGAAAUACGCUCUUCAAGAGGUUGAUGACUUUUGGCAGAAAGAAAUAACGCAACCCGGUUCCAUGGAUAAUAUGCAAAUAGUGUACGCUUGCUGCGGUCGUGAUUCUGCAGAAGAUUAUGUAAACAUUGGACGUAGUCCGCCAUCAAGUUGCUGCAAAGACAGUAAUUGCAUAAAUCCUUUGAAUGUUUACAUAACUGGUUGCAUAACCAAGGUCGAAGCGGCAUUCGCUGACGAGGUUCUCACAACGCAAAUAUGCGAAUGGUGCUUAUUGGGAGUUAGUUUGGUGAUUCUAUUGUUAGCAACAACCUUAGCCAUUCAUUAUACAAAUCAAAAACGCAGGUUUGGCUAUUGAACAUAAUCAGUGGCAAUCGCAGUGCGCACUGCUCUACCUCCCAAGUCACGUGUACCUUUACAUUUUUUUACUUUUACUUGUUCAUUACUUAUGUACAAACUACGCAUACACAUAUUUAUAUAAAAUUAGUGCACUUUUUGGUAUAUAAUUUUUUGAUCUUUUUAAAUUUAACCCUUUACAUAUA